AUGACGCGCACCAAAAACAACAAGCCCGGCGGCGGAAAAGGAGUGGAAAAGCAAAACAAAGCACCCAAAUCCGCUGCUGCUGCAGCACCAAAACCGUACACCGCACCCACCAUAACCACCUCCACCAAGAUCCCGCACUGGAGGCUCGGCCAGCCAAAAGAGUUUUACACAAACUACGUGCACAAGCGUCAACCAGUAGUCAUUGAGGGAAAACUCGAAGAUCUCGACUUUGUCACGAGGAAUUGGGCCAAUGUCGAGUAUUUGCGCGACACGGCUGGCGAUGCGCGCGUCAAGGUCGAGCCCAUGCAUAAAGAAAAGAAGCGCUAUGGCACUGAUGUGCAGCGUGUGGACACCACUUUCGGAGAGUUUCUGGACUCGCUGAGGGAAGAAAAGGACGAGUACGAUUACUUGACCACCCAAUACUCUGAAGACGACGACGAAGACGACAUGUUGGACGAUCAAGACUCGGACGACGAUUCCGAAAUCCCCCAGGACGACGAGAUCAAAACCAGUACCUUCCCUCAACCCAUACGCGCCCUCUUGCGCAAGGAAACNCCCAUCCGUCCCGCCAUAAUGGGUAAUCUCGUGCUCCAACAAAUGAACAUCUGGCUCGGCAAGACAAAAUCCGGCACCAGUUCGGGCUUGCACCACGAUUUCCACGAUAACCUGUACAUUCUCCUCAAGGGCCGCAAGAGAUUUGUCUUGUAUCCGCCUUCGGCAGUCCACCACUUGGAUACCCACGGCAAACCUGAAAAAGUACACCACAACGGGUUGAUAGUGUACAAGCAACCCGGAGCAGAAGACGACGAGGACGCGGGACAAGAAGACAACCAAGCCGAUGCCAUCAGAGCAGAUGGUCUUGUGGAAAGAGAUGCCGCGGCCCUAAAAGUGCAAGCCUUGGAAGAAGCAAUGGACGCCCUCCAAGACGGCAUUGCCGACNNAAAAAAAGCCCUCGAUGCAAUACAAAAGGAAUACGGACACGCCGUCGAGCUUCUGAUGAAAUACCAAACCGCCGAUUUCGGCGAGCUGGGCGAAGACGACUUUGACGAGGUGUCUUCAGAGGAAGAAUCAGACCCCGAAGACCUCAAAGAUCAAGUCUUGCGCGACGACGUGCCCAACAGCAAGAAACGCAAAGCAGAGGACGACUUGGCAGCAAGCAAAGCCACCAAGACCGCAAAGGCAGACGAAGUUGAUGAUGAAGACUCGGAAGCCAAUGACGACGACGACGACGACGACGACGACGAUUCAGACGCCGACCUCCUCGCCGCCCUCGAGCGCGCCCAAAACGGCCAACGCGACGACUUCAACGACUCAGACGAAGACGACAUGUCCGAUCUCGACUCGGCCUUCGCCCACGCCCAAGGCGAAGACGCCUUNCCCUCCGAACCCCUCUCCUUCUCUCGCCUCUCAACAGCCGACCUACACUCCCACCUCGGCCUCACAUCGCCGCAGAAAUCUUCUCCCGCGCUGGCCAAAGCAGGAAUACCCUACAUUGUCGAUCUCCACGCUGGAGAGAUGCUUUACUUACCCACCUCAUGGUUCCACGAAGUGACUUCAUUCAGCGACGACAAGCACGGUGAUGAUAACGUGCACAUAGCACUAAACUAUUGGUUCCAUCCCCCUGAUGCCGUGGCGCCAAAGUUUGAGUUGCCGUAUACAGACGCAAGAUUGUGGAAAUUCAUGGAGGAAAAAGUGCAAAGUGCUUAUGAGGGGUUGAUUGCUGAUGAGGACGAGUGA